AAUUAGACGGCGUGUGUAAAUUGGAAACGCCACGAUUUUCUUCUCUGCUCGCUAAUUUUUCUCAGGGCAGUGUCGUCGUCGUCGUCUUCGCCGAGCUCAGUUGAAAGAUGUUAACGGCUGAUAUACCACCAAAUCAGUCAAUCUACAUAAAAAAUAUCAAUGAGAAGAUCAAGAAAGAAGAGCUGAAGAGAUCUCUUUACUGUUUGUUCUCUCAUUUUGGAAGGAUACUUGAUGUGGUUGCGUUAAAGACUCCUAAGCUCCGGGGACAAGCAUGGGUUGUGUUUACUCAAGUCACCGCUGCUAGUAACGCUGUCCUUCAGAUGCAAAACUUUCCAUUCUAUGAUACCUUUUCCUCUCUUAUGUUCCAGCGGAUACAAUAUGCAAAAUCAAAGUCAGAUUAUGUUACUAAAGCCCAAGGGACUUUUGUACCGAAAGAAAAGAAGAUGAAGCAAGAAGACAAAGUUGAAAGGAAGCGACAUGCUGAAGAAACUCAACAACCAAGCAUGCCUAAUGGCGCAACUACUCAGAACGGAAUGCCUGUGCCUCCUUUCCAGCCGAGUGGGCAAGACACGAUGCCACCAAACAACAUACUCUUCAUUCAUAAUCUUCCCAUUGAGAUGACGAGCAUGAUGCUUCAGCUGCUAUUUGAGCAAUACACAGGAUUCAAGGAGAUAAGAAUGAUCGAAGCAAAACCCGGAAUUGCGUUUGUGGAAUAUGAAGACGAUGUUCAGUCUUCCAUGGCCAUGCAAGCUCUUCAGGGUUUCAAGAUCACUCCACAGAAUCCAAUGGUCGUCUCUUUUGCCAAGAAGUGAAAACCAGAGUUUUGUUAUGCGGAUGAAUGGUAAUGAUAUACUAAUCUGUAGCUGUUUAAAAAGCAAACGGUCUUAUUUUAUUUGGUUCAAUUUCGAUUAGUGGUGUGAAUGACCUAGAAGCUUUAGACCAGAAUGUGAUGAAAUCGAAGAAUUUAGUGAUUGGUUGGAGAAAAUCUCAUUUUAAA